CGCGCGCCGAGCAGCUCAACUCACUCACUCGCACCGUUGCUUUCAUUCCAAAAUUCUUAGUUAAAAAUAUAAUUAAUUCCUUCUCUCUCCCUUUCUCUCUCUCUGUCUGUCUCACUCCCUUCACGUCUUUCUGACCACCGCAUGUUCAUUCAUUUACUCACUCUCUCUCUUCCGCUCUCUGCCUUCUGGAAAUGUGAAAUCGAAGAGCAGAGGCCAGAGCGAUACAUAAUUAUAGCAUACGGUUUUUGAGAGAUUAGGGUUUCUCGGAGGCGAGAAGUGAAGAAUGCCGUUGACGAGGUACCAGAUAAGGAACGAGUACGGCUUGGCCGAUCCGGAACUUUACGGAGCAGCCGAUAGAGAUGAUCCAGAGGCUCUCUUGGAAGGCGUGGCCAUGGCUGGCCUCGUCGGCGUUCUGCGCCAGCUCGGCGACCUUGCUGAGUUUGCUGCUGAAAUAUUUCAUGACUUGCAUGAAGAAGUAAUGGCAACUGCAACAAGAGGCCAUGGUCUCGUGGUUCGUGUCCAACAGCUUGAAGCAGACUUUCCUUCAAUCGAGAAGGCAUUUCUAUCUCAAACUAAUCAUUCAUCAUUCUUUUCCAAUUCAGGGGUUGACUGGCAUCCUAAUCUGCGUUCUGAACAGAAUAUGAUCACCCGUGGUGACUUACCUCGCUUUGUAAUGGAUUCUUAUGAAGAAUGCCGUGGUCCUCCUCGGUUAUUCCUUUUGGACAAGUUCGAUGUUGCUGGGGAUGGGGCAUGUUUAAAGAGGUACACUGAUCCGUCAUUUUUUAAAGUGGAGCCAGCAUCCUCAAUAGCGACAGUAGAGAUGCAGAGAGAAAAGAAAAUCCGUAAAGUGAAGAAGAAAGGAUCACGCUGGAGGAAUGGAGAAACCCCAGAAGCUGCACUGACAUCACAUGCCAAAUUGCAUGAGUUGUUCCUGGAGGAGCGUAUUGAGAAUGGUCACAGUGACCCUGCACGGCUUGUGAAAUUGAAGAAAAGACAUUUGAAUGGAUCUGCAGUUGACUCAAAAACUGGGAAAAGUUACAUGGAGAAAUUUCUGGAGACUCCUUCACCAGAGCGUAAACUUGUUUGUGAAACUUCUGUUACUCCACCACUCUUGAGAUUGACCUCAGAUAAUACUGGUGAGCCAGAGCUUAGAAUACUUGACAUCAGUAUUGUGAGUCCUGCAGCAAUGUCCCCAGAAACCAAAAGCACAAGCUCUUCACCUAACUCCCAAGAGGCUAUAUUAGAAUUAUCUGUGGAUGGCUUUAAUGGGGAGGCUUAUGAUGAAGAAGUUGCAAAGAGGUCUGAACCAAACUCUGAUGUUGAGACUAAUAAAAGUUAUUCCAACCUACAGAAGUUGGCAGUUGAUAAGCGAUUAGCAGGUGAUGGAGAACACAAAACUGGAGGCAGCGUAGAGGGGUCCACCCCCUCCAGUUCUGAUGAUAUGACCGGUGAGGUAGACAAUUACAUGGAUGCUCUUGCUACAAUGGAUUCAGAAAUGGAAACUGACAAUGAGUAUAAAACUAAGAACAAUGUGCGGUUCCUGAAUGUUGAAAAAUACGGGACAGACUCUGAUGCAAAUGAGGAGGAACAUCUGGAUUUUCCAACUCGGUUUCCGGAUUCUCAGUCGAUUGGGAAUUCCUCUACAUCAGAUGACGGGAAGAAUUCGUUCGAAAAAGAUAGAGCCAGUAUUUCGCACUCUGAUACUAGCAAUUUGGUUGAGAGUACACCGUCAGAGUGUAAUGGAGCAGCUAAAGAAUUCCCUUCUACUGAAACUUGUGGAGCUGAUAAUUUUGAGAUGUCAUCCGACCAAAACUCUGAAAUUGCGGAGUCUUUAGAAGCUACCUCGAAGGAGCAUGUGGUGUCUCAAAAUGCAUGCAUUAAGGAAGAAGUACUUCCUGAUAGUGGAGAUACAUCUUGCAGUGCAUUUGUUAGGGAAACAAGUCCUACACUACAACAUUCAGACUCUGGAGCAAACUCACAAGUGGUAUCAUUGGCGGGACUUGUGUUAGAUGAAACACCCUCUGAUCAAAUUAACGUUGGUUAUAAAUCAUUAGACAUCAAUGAAAAUGGGACACAUCUGGAUGAUUCUCUGGCUGUUGUCCCUAACGAUUCCUCCCAGACUAAGGAUGAAUUCACAAAUACUUCUUCAAGCCAUCCUGUUGAUGAAUCAGAUGAUGAAGAUUUAGGUGUCAGUUCUGAUGCUUUGCUGCAUUUGUCAGAUGUUGAAGAGCUUGCUUCUGAAGAUCAAAGUGGAAAUAAUGCUGUGAAUGAAAUGUCUCAGACCCAGUGUGCUAAUGAAGAUUCUAUAGAAAGCUUCGCCAGAAGAAAGAGUGAUUCACCAUUUUUAAGUAUUUCGCCCACAGAAGAGCAUGUCUCUUCUUCAGCACUGCCAGAAGUACAAACACCUUCAGGUAAUACAGUACGGCCUUAUUAUAGAGAUAUUAUAAAUCCUGAUAACAUGGCUUCCAAACUUGAUGAUCCUGUCAUACCAACUGCAGUCAUUUCCGAAGUUAUACCAUUUGUUGUGGAUGCUGCAUGGAGCACAGAAGGGUUAUAUCCUGUAGUCGAUGCUCCACAAACACAUGACCUAAUGGAGCAGCAGGAUGCUCCGCAGACACAUGGCCUAAUGGAGCAGCAGGAUGCUCCGCAGACACAUGGCCUAAUGGAGCAGCAGGAUGCCCGGCAGACACAUGUCCUAAUAGAGCAGCAGGAUGCCCCGCAGACACAUGGCCUAUUAGAGCAGCAAAUCUCUGAUUUAAGUGAGGAUGUUCCCCAACUUGAAUCCAUCUCAGCAGAAGUGGUUGCUCCACAUUAUAAGCAGAAACUCGAUGUCGAAGAGACAUCUAGGACCAUGGAUGGUGAGGAGUUACGGUUAGUCACCAGUGGUGCUGAUGUGGAGGGUGGCGAUACAGUUUCUGUGAAACUGGCAUCUAAUUGUCUCGCUUAUCCAGGCCAUGAGGAUCAUGCAAAGUCAGAUGAUGUGGUACCUGAAACACUUUAUGUAGAAACUGUGGCUGUGCCCUAUACUGAUGUUGCCCAACCUGAUGAUCAUGUCAAUGAUGUUAGUCAUUCAUCUCCAGAUGCAAUUUCUUCUCCACCAAGGAAUUUUAUAAAUUUGCAUGAAUCUCUUCCUGGAUUCGGCGAUUCCCAUGAGAAAGAAUCGGAAUUGGAUGAGGUAGUUUUUCCAGAAUUUGUCACAUACUCAGAAGUGCAAAGGGAAGCAAGUAAAAAAGAAGUUGUUUCUCUAGAUUCAGAAUCAAACUCAAGCAAAUCAGUUGCUUAUGACCAUUCCAGUUCUACCAAUGGUGAUCAUCUGGAUGAACUGACUGAGAACAGUUUGGCUGUCUGUGAUGUCACCGCAGAAUCAAACCCAAGCAAAUCAACUACUUAUGACCAUUCCAGUUCAAAAAUAUCUGAUAAUGGUCAUAAUUCUUCCCCCAAUCAACAGUCUGAAAACAGUUUAGCUGUCCAUGAUGUGACCACAGCCUCAACAUCUUUAGAAAUGAGCAAUCCAGAGUCCGAAUCACAAUCUCUGGAUCAGCGUGAUAAGGAAGAUGUUGUAUCUUCACCCACCUGCCACCUCCCAGAGCCUGAAACUAGUUCAGAAAAAUCAUUGGAGUUGCAAGCUAAUCAAGUUGAUGUGGAAUAUUUGCCAAGAGAUGGAGCAAGGGAUUGGCCAGAAGCUGCCUUAGAGCAGUCGCUGGUGUUCCAAUCUGAUCAACUUGAUGUGGAAUGUUUGCAAGAAGAUCGUGCAAGUAUUAACUCGUCAAGUCUUCAAUCUGCACAGAUAGGGGCUCCAAAUCACAUGGAUGAGGAAAUAUCCAAAGAUUUACCAUCAACAGAAAACGUCAACCAGGACAUAGGCUUGGAUGCUUCCUCAGAAUCUUGUCCUCGAGACCUCCCAAGUCAACCUUUAACAUCAGUGGUCUUACCAGAAUCAGCAGGUCAGGAAGUUGAUGUCACGAAGCAAACAAUGGAACCAUUAGAAUCUACCCUUCCUAGGUUAGUCCCUGAAGCAACUGCAGUCAAUUUGGAGGACAUGCCACCAUUGCCACCUCUACCACCUAUGCAAUGGAGGAUAGGAAAGCAACAUCCCUCCCUACCCUCAUUCCUGCCAAUACAGCCGUCAGAAGCUGAUGAGAAAGCUCAAUUUGAUAUACCAGCACCACAGAGAGAGGUGCUGCAGCCUCAGAACCCAUUUUUGCCUCUCACAUAUGUGGAAGACGGGAAGUCCCAACAUGUUUCUGAACCCUUGAUGGGCAAUGUGCUGCACCCUGCCCCGUAUUCAUUGCAUUUACCAGCCAUGGUUAAUGAUGCUAAUUAUCAAUACAGUUUCCCUGAUUUAGGGGGAACACAAUUCCCUAACCCAUUUUUAUCAUCAUCAGAGAUAUCUGAUGACAGGUCUGGACAUAAUCACUUUGCUUUAGAAGGAGAAAAAGUUCAGUCUAGUACAAAUCCAUUCACGGUACCACAUACUGAAUGUACAACUUUUAGACAUGAGCCUGAAUCUUCUGGUGGAGCAAUUAUCCUACCUCUGCAGCAGUUAACACCGGAAACAGAUUUGGAGUCUAAGGUACUUGAACAUUCAUUGAAAAAUUCAGAAUGGGAACACGGAAAACCCCCUCCCACAUCUGUGACAGCACCAACAAUGGUAGAUGAGCAGCCUCAGCAUAGUUUGACAACAUCAGAGGGAGAAACGACAUGGUCUUCAAAUAAUUCUGCUGCAAUGUCAGACUAUGAAGUUGGAAGGUCCAAUGGAAUUCCAGUUAGUAAGCUCCCUCGUCCAAGAAAUCCCCUGAUUGAUGCUGUUACUGCUCAUGGCCAAAGCAAGUUGAGAAAGGUAACUGAACGAAUUCGGCCUGAGGUUGAACCUAAGGUAGAUGAAAGAGAUUCAUUGUUGCAACAGAUAAGAACUAAGUCCUUCAACUUGAAGCCUGCAUCCGUGACAAGACAAACAGUGACAAGACCCAGCGUUCAGGGUCCGACAACCAACUUGAGGGUUGCUGCCAUCUUAGAGAAAGCAAAUGCGAUUCGCCAGGCAUUGACAGGAAGCGAUGAAGAUGAUGAUGAUAGUUGGAGUGAUUCUUAAAGGGAAUUAUUCUACUAUAGCUCUUCACCAGUGCCGUUAAUGGCUUUGAGUGGUGGUGGAUGCUCUUUCUUACAGAAAUCUGGAGUUUUCUGUAGUUUGGUGUAUUCUCCUUUUUACUCAAGAUU